AUGGAUCAAGAAUCAAAUAAGUGUGAUAAAACUUCAGAGGUAACCAAACAACCUCCAGAAAGAGUGCGUUGUACAACAUCACAAGAUACCGUUGCUUCUUAUGCUGAAAUGAGAAAGAGUAGUCAACCAAUUGAUACUAUUGAUACUAUUUGGAACUUAUCAUCAUCGAAUACAAAUAAUUUGCUGUCUAAUGACGCCCAGGAUUUUUUACGCUAUCAAGAAGGUCAACAAAAGUUGAAACAUAUUUACAAAGUCUACACUUCUCUUCACAGAAAAAUGACAGCGUCUAAAAAAGAAUUUGCUGAACUCAAAACAGCUUUAGAGAAAGAAACAACUUUGAAUAAAACUCUAAGAAACAAAUCUGCGUCAGCAUUACAAUUAACAGCAUCAUUUAAUCAGCAUAUUAAUUAUAUGAAUGAUACGUUGAUUUGCAAUAAAGAGUCAGCAAAAAAUCUAGAAGAUAUGUACGAGAAUGAAAUUGUAAAAUUAUUGAAUGAUAAAGAAAAUUUAUCAAAAAAAUUUGAUGAAUUAAAUCAAUUUUUCCAGAGUGAAGAUGAAAAAUAUAACGAAGAGGUAAAAAAAAUACAGUUAGAAAUUGCUAAGAUGAAAACUAAAAAUGCAGCAUCAGAAGAUAAGCUGAUAAAAUUAAAAAUAGAAACUAAUAAAGCAAAGGAAAAAUUAGCGAUGAGUAAGCAAUUUACUGCAAAUCAGAAAAUUAUUGAAGAUGAAUUGAAAAAUAGAGUGGAAGAGUUAAAACACUCAUUGAAUGAACAAGAAAAAAAAAGGAUGGAUAUGAUGAAUAAUUUUCCUGAUACUGAUAAAAUUAAAGAGACGAAACAGUACUUUGCGGAAAAAUUAUCUUUGGCUGAAGGAGAAUUGAACAAGGCAAAGUCACUAUUAAAUAGUGUCCGAGAAGAAUAUGAAGAAGAUCUUAAAAAAUAUGAAGAACAAGAAAAACUAUGUGAAGAUUUGGAUAAAAAUGUUGAAGAAACUUCGUCGCAGGUAAAUCAGAUCAAAAGCCAAACUGAUGAGGCUAAUUUGAAGUUGAAGCAGGUUAAUGAAGAAAAUUUGAACACCAAAAAGAAAAUAGAUGAAAAAACACAUGAUCUCUCAUUAAUAAAAGACAAAAUAGCUUCGGAGACUCUUGAAAGAAAUAAUUUGGCUGAUCAAGUGAACAGUUUAAAGGAAGCGAUGGAAAAAAAGAAGGAAGAAAACGAUGGACUUAAACAGAAGUUGGAAGAAAAAAAAGCUCAGUUAAUUGAAGUAGAACAAUCUAAAACAAAUACUAAUAAAGAUUUGAAGGAAUUUCAGUUAAUUGAAGAAUCUAAAGUGGUAGAGUUUCAAAAAAAAUUGGACAUCCAGAUAGAACGUAAAGAGAAGGCACUGAUUGAAAAUGAAGAAUUGAAAGUUGAUAAGCAAAAAAUGGAGAGAGAUUAUGAAAAAUCUUUGAAAGAACUAGAUGAUCGGUACAAUGCAGGUGUUGCUAACUUGGAGAAACAAAUGGCCUUGAAUAAUAAACUUGCUGCUGAAUUAUCUGAGACUCAAAAUUCUAUACUUAGUCGUCAGGAUGAUUUUACUAGUCUUGAGGCGCAAAUCGAGAAGGAUAAAAAAAAUUUGGAGAGUAAAUUAAAAAAAGCAGAAGAAAUUUUGAGUAAAAAAAAUGAAUCUGAGAAGCAAUUGAUGGAACAAAAACAUCAAUUGGAAGUUAAAAUAAAAGAAUUGGAAAAUGAAUGCAAGCAGUUAGAAGAAAUGUAUGGUAUUGAUGGUAAAUUAUCAAAAAGUCUAUCGAAUCUUGAACUUAAAGUUCAAACACCUGAGAAACCAAUAUUUUCUUCUCAAUCAUCAGCUGAAUCGACCAAGGAACUACAAAACAGUACAAAUUUAAAACAAUUACCCAUACCUGGAAUCUCUUCGCAAUCAUCUCGAAAAAAAUCAUCAUCUUUUCUACUGUCAUCUGAUUCUGAUGAUGAUGAUAUUAAGAAAAAAGAAACCCAUGACAAGGUUGAUGGAUUAUUAAAAGCGCUUCGAAUUUCACAAACUCCACCGUCAUCUCCAGAACAAUCUUUGAAAGUAACUCCAUCGCCGGGUACUGCAAAGCGGAGUUUAUUUUCUAAAAAAAACGAAACUUCUUAA